UACAAUUGUCAUUAAUGGUGUCACUUCGGCUGCAUCAAGGCAAUAAUCUUUACAAAAUAAGAAAUAAUCAGAACUCGGAGGAUUUUUGAACUUCCUUUAACUCCAGCUAAUGAGAUAAUUCGUGUAUAAUAAUAAAUUUCGUUUCACAAAAAGUAUUUAAAGAUAACGGCAAUAUGGAACUUUUAGAUAUUAUGAAAAAUUUGACGAUUAAACAUUCCGGUAGUAAAAGUGAACAAACCUUUUUUAAAUCAAUAGCUGCAGAUAUCGAUGAAGUUUCAACAGAAAUAGUUUUUGCUGAAUAUGCUGAAAAAAUCUUGCUCAUUGUAUCACAAUACCAAAAAAUUGGGAGUAUGUUGAUGAUAACUAGGGAUCAAGUCCACAGUCCCUUAGGUACAAAUAAUAUUUUUACAACAAAAGUUAUUUUUGGUGCCACAGGAGAAGAUCAACAAGUUGCAGCAAGGUACCUGGCGGAGGCUAUACAAAUUACUAAACCGCUAUACAUAUUCAUAAAUCUCAAAUCAUAUGAUAUUGAGACUGUAAAAGCUUGCAAAGAUAUUAUACUUGAUUUGAAAAAAGAGGAAAGUGAAUAAUGUUUGCAACAAAAUCUUUAAAUACUUUUAAGUCUGUAAAUAAAUUAUAUGGCCAAUUAGUAAUAGGCCCACCAGGAGCAGGGAAGACAACUUACUGCAGUGAAAUGUCAAAAUUACUAAGAAAAAUUGACAGAAAAGUUGUCAUCGUAAAUUUAGAUCCAGCUAAUGAAUGUAUGACAUAUAAAGCAGAUAUUGAUAUAAGAGAUCUUAUCGGUCUUGAAAAUGUUAUGGAUGAACAUAGUCUGGGACCUAAUGGUGCUUUGGUUUAUUGUAUGGAAUAUUUGGAGAAAAAUUUAGAUUGGUUACUAGACCAAAUAAAAGGCGAUAAUGCUACAAAUUUUAUAUUUGACUUGCCGGGUCAAGUUGAGCUCUACAGCCAUCAUGAUUCCCUUAGUAAUAUUUUUAGUAAAUUAUCCAGUGUAAAUCAUAUGCAGCUCUGUGUUGUGCACUUAAUAGAUUCACACCACUGUUCUGAUGCAGGAAAAUUUAUAGCAGCACUGAUGUUAUCCCUGAAUGCCAUGCUGAAAAUUGGAUUACCGCACAUUAAUUUGCUCACUAAGGUAGAUUUGCUGAAGCAACAUGCUGAUAAGAUCCAAUUUGGUAUAGAUUUCUAUACAGAAGUUUUAGAUUUAAAUUAUCUUUUGGAUAGUCUUGAUUCCGAUAACUUCACAAAUAAAUAUAAGAAAUUGAACAGUGCAUUAGUAUCUAUAAUUGAAGACUACAGCUUGGUCUCAUUCCACCUAGUAGAUAUGUUCAAAGAGCAGAGUUUGAUCAAUGUUAAGAAAUUAGUGGAUAAAGCCAACGGUUAUGUUUUCAAAUCAGAUGAGGGUAGACAUAUUAAUAGCAUGUUAGCUUGCGCUAUGGGUGUUACAGAUAAUUUAAAUAAUGAAUUUGAAUAAACCGUUUAUAAGAA